AUGGAUGAAUAUAUUACGGUACAUAAAUCAAUUAACUUUAGAAUUAUGGAGAAUUAGAAAGAUUAAUAGAAAGAAUACCAGUGCCAGAUAUCACUGUUUCUUCUUUGUCUUAAUAAUCAGAAUAAAUCACUCCUUAAUCAAAAAAAAAAUAAUCACUUACUCGAGAGUAAGUAUAGAAAAUAAUGAGAAGAGCAACUGAAUAAUCUCAUUUUCCAACGACUAAAUAGAAAACUUAUACCUUGCAAACUUUUAAUUGUAAAGAAAGUUCAAAUGAUGAUAAAUUAUUUAGUUAAAUCUAAUAAAGAGAAUAUCAAGGUAAUCAAUAAUUAUAAAAAAUGCAACAGCAGGUUUCUGAUUAGUAAAAAGUAAUUGAACAAUAAAUCUAAUAAAUUGCUUAGAUGAAUAAUUAAAUUGAAUAUUUGACGAAUGAACUAUAAGACUAUUAGGAAAGAAGUGAGAAUGAUUUAAAUACAUUAUAAUAGUUAUAAUCUAUAAAUGAUUAAUAGUAAAAAACGAUUGAAGAAUUAAGAAUAGAAUUACAAGUGGCAAAUAGAGUUAGCUCAUAAUAAUUAAAUAAAGAAUAAGAUUCAAUUCAUUAGAUUACAGAAUUAAAAUCAAAAAUAAAUAACUUAGAAUCAGAAAUAAAUAAAACAAAAACAACAUUUACGUUAACAUCUCCAAAAAAUGAAACUAUGUAGACUGGUAUUUAUACGAGCCGCAUUGAUCCAGAAUUAUUAAGCGAAGAUGAAACAUUAAACAUGCUUUUAAAUUUAUUAAGCAGAGUUUCUAAAAGUUAAAGAAUGUCCUAUUUAUUAAAGAAAAAUGCUGAUUUUAAAUAGUUGAUAAGAUUUAAGAGAAGUUAACCUAGUUUAAAUAAAAUUUCAAUUUUAUAAAAUAGUAAAUCAGUAUGCGAUAGAAAACUGUCGUAUAACUAAGAAAAUUUCAAAUAGAUUGUAAAAAAUGUAGGAAUUAAAAAUCAUUGA